AUGUUGUCCUACACUCCAAGACUCUUCAGUACGACUCGCAAGAAACUUCCAGACUGGGGAUAUCACAUCUAUCGCACUACCUACACUACAGAGUCAGACACUCUUUUCCCGCAAGCUAUCGAAUACAUCGAGGCUGCCAUCAAGCAGGACUUUGAAAAUGAUGGCGGCUGGCCCUCGAUCUAUCUACAAGGUCCAGAUGUGAAACGAAAAGCAAGUGCCAAGUACCAAUCUGUCAUCCGUGACGACCGCGAACAGUUCAACAACGCGUCCAUCCCAGAGAUUCGCGCUCACUUUGAGGCCCUGGUGAAAAGCGACGGACCCGAGGUGAACACGAGCAGUCCUGGGAAGUCCGUAUGUAUCAUGAUUGAUGAGGAGUCACUGCAGACGCUCAAACACAAGACAGUCGACUGUAUUAAAACUGACAUGCGAGACGAUCGUGAGACGGAGACUGACUCAUACGUGAAAGUCAUCGAAUGGCGAAUGAUAUCCGCUUACGAUGAGAGUGAUGCUGAAGACAAGGUUGAGGGCUUUCAGGGCUGGAUGAAAUGCUGGACCCGUGCGCUCUGGAAUGUGUGGAUUCAGCUUUGGAAUGAGGACAGCUUGUCUGAGAUGUAUGAGGAUAUUGAUGAGUCCGAGGGCAUCUACCUCGUAUGA